CUUCUUCACCUGCUGUAGGUGGCUCUGACUGCUCAGUAUUAGGUGCUUGUCUGUAGCUACACUUUACCUGUGGGAGUAUCUCUGUCACCAUUCUUCACCUUUGGACUGUUAACAGAGUUUAUUUGUGUCUGGAAGACUUGGACUUUAUCCUGAUUAUUUCCUGGUCAUGCUCACAUGCUGGAUGGCCUGCAUCACAGCGAGCAAAAACAACACAACUCCAUGUUCCUGAACUCACUCUACAUCUCUGAUUCACACAUGAGAUAAAGCUGGAUUUUCAAUUUGUUUUUAAAUUGUGAUUGAAAGCCCUUUACCUGUGAAGGCUGUGAUUGUCACUGAGUGUUAGCGGCGCCUGCACAUUGAGGCAACAUGAUGGAAGAGGUGUCCAUGACGAUGGCAUACGAUGCAGACACUAUGGAGCAGCUGAGUGAAGAGGAGAUCCUGGCCUGCCUGGUGGAAGAAACUGGACCAACAUUCACAGUUCCCUCAAAGAAAGCCAAACCGAAAGAGAGCCGGCUUCAACUGAUGGAUGAUGAAGAGCCUUUCGACAAAUACCUGAAGGAGAACUAUGUGUUGCAGCAAACGAGCCUCCGUCUGGAGCAGGAGAAUGACAGCCUCGCUCACAGACUGAUCACCAGCAAGAUCGCCUUGAAGAACGCUCUGGACCAGGCGGAGGACCGAGUGGACGAACUCACCAAAGACCUUCUUCAGACCAGACGCCAUCUGCAGGCGACAGAAGAGGAGAAGAGAGGGACAGAGGAGGAAGCUGAAGUGGCGAAGAAAGUGUUUAGAAGAGAGCUGCAGAAGACUGAGCAGGAAGUCAGAAGGUCGUCUGGUGUCAUUGCGGACUACAAACAGAUCUGCUCUCAGCUGACAAGCCGUCUGGAGAGGCAGCAGGCCGCCCACAGAGAAGAGUUAGACUCACUCAAGAGUGCAGUGAAGGCUUGCUCAUGCUGUCGACACCUCGUAGAAUCAGAAGCAGCAUCUUCCACUGAAGCAGCGAUUGAAAGCCACGGGAAUACUAAACCAGGCCAGGAAGAGGACGACACAAGUCCUAAAAAGGAAGAGCAGAGGAGGGUGGAAAAGGAGAAGGAGUCCCUCGGGGCCGAAGUCAAGGAGCUGGAGCAGGAGUUGGUCAAGACCAAAGUCCAUAUGGUGGAGUCCAAGUGCAAGAUCCAGGAGCUGGAGCACCAGAAGGGAAUCCUGGCCAACGAUCUCCAGGAAGCGAAGAACAGCUGGAUCAGCAAGGCCUUCACCUCCCUGCGGACCCCCAGCGCAGGGGGGCUUCAAAGCAUCAGCUUACCCAGAGAAGGAGCUCCCUCAGUGGUGUGGAAGCUCCGCAGAGGCUCCCUGUCUGAGUGGAGCGCCAAGAAGCUGUCGUGGCCUCACAGAAACAAACAAGAACAUCUUUAAAAGCUUGGACUGUGAAUUUGCAGACUGGAAACAAUUGAAGGAUCAGACCUCAGAGUAUUUAUUCACAAUGUGAUGUGCAAUAUGUGGUCAGUGUGUAGCUGCUGUUGUGUAGUACUAUAGGGCAGUGUAAAGCAUGAAGGAGUAUCUGAAAGCACAUGCAGGUGCUGUCAAAGACAUUCUCUAUAUGUGUUGAACACUUUCCAACUACUGAACACACUAGUGCAUUUUUUCCUUUGUAAACCAAAUGUGCCAUGUGAGUUAUUUGUACAUAAUUAUGUUCUUCUUUGUAAAACAACAUUAAAGCAGGUAUGACUUAA